AAUGCCUAGGGACAGUUGUAUCAGGACUAGAUUCAGUUUUUGCUGACACGAUGGUGGCUGGGAACGACGUGGAGGCUUCGGGGAGGAAGGAGGAGAUCCCUCACGACCACCUGUUCAUGGUGACGGGGUUGUCGUCGUCGAAUUUGGAGAAGCUGGCAAAUGUACCAGAACCGCCAUCAGACUUCGAAACCGCCAUCGCCGCGACGGGCAACGGGCGCUUCAAUGUGGCCCUGAUGCUGUGCACCUUCCCCGCCUUCUGGAGUGCCGUCUCCGUCACCAGCUCCACAUCCUACAUCUUCACCAGGGCCCAGUGUGAUAUGCAGCUCAGCUUGCUUGACAUGGGCACUGUGAACGCCAUCACCUAUGGAGGGAUGAUCUCAUCGGCCAUGAUCUGGGGAUUCCUGUCGGAUACUCUGGGUCGACGCCGCAUCAUGGUGUGGGGCUUCUUCUGCGCGGGGCUGGUAGAAGUGGCAGCCAGCAUGAGCCAGAACUUCCCCAUGCUGCUGGUCACCAGGUUCGCCAGCGGGUUCCUUUUCAACGGCCCGUUUGCCGUCCUGAUCUCGUACCUGGCGGAGAUGCAUCGCAAGGAGCUGCGCGCGCGCGUCAUCCUGCUCACCAGCCUCUUCUACACAUUCGCUAACUCCACCCUCCCCCUACUGGCCUGGGGGAUGCUCACACACGACUGGAACUUCCCCAUUACUGAGAACUUUGUGAUCCACUCGUGGAACCUGUUCCUCCUGGCAACAGCCCUGAUGCCAGUCCUAACGGGUCUGGUCUUCCUCUGUCUGCCGGAGAGCCCCAAGUUCCUGAUGUCCCGGGGCCGCAACGAGGAGGCUAUGGAGGUCUUUAGGAGGAUAUACAGGCUCAAUACGGGAAAACCGAAGGAGGAUUAUCCGAUUAAAUGUCUGGUGGAAGAAAAAACAGAGAAGCAAGCGAGUGGCGUGGCAGCUCUGAGAGGAGGGUGGGCACAGUUGGCCCCCCUCUUUGGGAUGCCCCACGUCAAAUGGUUGUCAUAUAUUUUUUGCGUCAUUUACAUCGGAACUAUGUUUGGGUCCAACACUCUCCGCCUCUGGUACCCCCAGCUUGCCGCCAUGAUAAACUCCGACUCCUCAGAAAGCCUCUGCUCCGCCAUAGCUCCUUCCAACGUCACUAUCGUUGAAGAAGGUUGCCAGCCCAUACAGACAGACAUGAUGACGUAUAUGCAGAGUGUAAUAGUGGGCGCCGGGUCUGCUCUAACUUAUGGAAUAGGAGGGAUGUUAGUCAACCGUUGUGGCAAGAAGCUAGUGUCCGCAGCGUGCAGCAUCACCGGCGCAGCGAUUGUCAUCCUGAUGCCGUUCCUGGGCAACAGCGCUGAUGCUGUGGUGGCUCUGAUGACCACGGCCCUGGCUCUAACGUCGCUCAGCGGGGCUGCGCUGUCCAGCAUAUGUGUGGACCUGUUCCCUACUUCACUCAGGGUGAUGGCAAUGGCGACAUUCCUGAUGUUGGGGCGUGUGGGCACCAUCACGGGGACAGUCACUUUCCCCGCCCUCAUCGACUUCGGCUGCCUUCCGCCUUUCAUCACCAUCUGUGCCGUCCUGGGUGUUUGUGGUGUCGCUUGUUUCCUCAUGCCAAAUACAACGUUGAAGAAACUGGAAUGAAAAUGUAUCUACAUAAGGCUUUACUAUAUCAUCGAAACUAAAUACAGGUUUAUUGACUACCUAACCAAUUUUUGUACCAAUUUUGUAUUAUUUCGGCCUAGUGUUCACUAUUUUAGUAUUAUGGAUAUAAAAACUGUUUUAGUAUUAUGGAUAUAAAAAAAAACAUUCAGUCGAAUUGAGAACCUCCUCCUUUUUUGAAGUCGGUUAAAAAUAGGGUCAAGUACUUACUGCCUGAAAUUUCUAGUUUGUGUUCUGUGUAUUUUGUUAGGUAUUUGUAGUACCUACUCGUAUUUAGCCUAGGUUUGUGAUAAUGUGUGAUAGGUAUAUCAAAUUUGUGUAAAUAUUUAUGUGUCUAAGAAAUCUUGUCAUUCCUAUAUUUUUUCAUUCCAUUUUGUAAAUAUAUUUAUUCUAUAUAGUAUUUUGUAAGCGUAAUGUCUAGGUUAGGGCUAAAAGUAAAGAAAAGUCAAGUUUAA